GAGGUUUCGGGCCAGCCACCGCCGCGCUAGCUAGAAGCGCCCCAGCCCGGCAAGCUGGCUCACCCGCUGGCCACCCAGCACAGCCCGCUGGCCCCACUCCUGCAGCCCAUCUGGCGGAGCGGCGGCGGCGGCGGCGGCGGCGGCGGCAGGAGAAUGGCAUCAGAACUGGCAAUGAGCAACUCCGACCUGCCCACCAGUCCCCUGGCCAUGGAAUAUGUUAAUGACUUCGAUCUGAUGAAGUUUGAAGUGAAAAAGGAACCGGUGGAGACCGACCGCAUCAUCAGCCAGUGCGGCCGUCUCAUCGCCGGGGGCUCGCUGUCCUCUACCCCCAUGAGCACACCGUGCAGCUCCGUGCCCCCUUCCCCCAGCUUCUCGGCGCCCAGCCCGGGCUCGGGCAGCGAGCAGAAGGCGCACCUGGAAGACUACUACUGGAUGACCGGCUACCCGCAGCAGCUGAACCCGGAGGCGCUGGGCUUCAGCCCCGAGGACGCGGUCGAGGCGCUCAUCAGCAACAGCCACCAGCUCCAGGGUGGCUUCGAUGGCUACGCGCGCGGAGCGCAGCAGCUGGCCUCGGCGGCCGGGGCCGGCGCCGACCCGCACCACGCCGCGGGCGGCCUGCACUUCGACGACCGCUUCUCCGACGAGCAGCUGGUGACCAUGUCGGUGCGCGAGCUGAACCGGCAGCUGCGCGGGGUCAGCAAGGAGGAGGUGAUCCGGCUGAAGCAGAAGAGGCGGACCCUGAAAAACCGCGGCUAUGCCCAGUCCUGCCGCUUCAAGAGGGUGCAGCAGAGACACGUCCUGGAAUCCGAAAAGAACCAGCUGCUCCAGCAGGUCGACCACCUCAAGCAGGAGAUCUCCAGGCUGGUGCGCGAGAGGGACGCGUACAAGGAGAAGUACGAGAAGCUGGUGAGCAGCGGCUUCCGAGAAAACGGCUCGAGCAGCGACAACCCGUCCUCUCCCGAGUUUUUCAUAACUGAGCCCACUAGCAAGUUGGAGCCAUCAGUGGGAUACGCCACGUUUUGGAAGCCCCAGCAACGUGUACUUACCAGUGUAUUCACAAAAUGAAAUUUAUGUGAGAACUGUACAUUAAAAAUACACUAGUAGUAGUAGUAUCUGCUGUCGUAGAAUACAACCUGCCCCUGACUUCUGUUUAGUCUCCUUUUUAAAGAAAAAUGUUUGUGUUAGAGAAGAAAGCUAUUAAAUAUAUAACCUCCAUACUAAUUAACGAUGCCUCUUGUCUGAGGGUCGUCUCUACAGACGCGUUGGAAAGUGCGCUGGUGCUUCUCGCUUUAUGAUGCGCGGAACUGAAUAAAUGCAACUGUUUUCAACCUGCAGUAUUAGUUUUAAAAAUCCACUGAAAUACAAAAGAAAGAGAGAGGAGAGAGAGAGAAAGGAGAGAGAGAGACAGAGACAGAGAGAGACAGAGACAGAGGUACAGAUACAUUUAUAUGAAGGGAAGUUUCCCAGAAGGUACCAGCUAGCAUUUUUAAAGCAUACGUAGACAUACACACUCUAAAUAGUACUUUUUCGUGCUUCAUUGUUUCUCCGGUAGAUAAUUUUACUAAGAAGAAAAAAAUAUAUAUUUGAUUUCUCCCUCCUCGAGCAGAUGCCAUGGGCAGAAGCUUUAGCGGAGCCCAGCACCCUGGCUUCCUCUCAGGGCCUAGACAGUAUUGUAUUUAUCGGUGAUGUCAAACAUGUUCAUUUAUCAGACACAACCAAAAACGAAAACAAUGUGUGGCAAAACACAAAGUUAGCGAAAUACACACCCUCUGUGUGUGUUUUUUUUCCUCCCCCUUUUCUGUACCCAAGCAUUCACAAAAUUACUUUAAUUUCCCUGCUCCUUGCAUGUUUCCUUUUUCAAAACCAUGUAAUAAUUUUUUUUACAAUGUAUCUGACACAUUAAUAGAUUGACAUCAAAUAGGCAGAGAUUCCACUUCCUGAUCUUGGUGAGGAAAUGAUGUCUCAAUAUCAUAUUUAUCUGUCUCAAUGCCAUAACCACCUGGGCCCCUUUCAACACAGGCCGCUGCAAUGGGAAAUACUCUAUUACCGAGCAGAUGAUUCUAAUGCCCCGAUCUUUUCACCCUUAUACCUUUACCUUGGUAAUUUUUAUUUAGUAACGUCAAUUCUAGAUCCUUCUGUUCUUAAACAGGACCGCCCCUUGCCAAACCACCAGCUUUACUGCUAAACGCAGUGAACAGAAGGGCAAAUGGUAGCUACUCUCAGGAACAUGAGGCACAGCUGUCUCAGUUGCUACAUUCCUAGCAUUUCCCCAUCCAAAUAACUGACACACGCAGAGGUUCCCAAGUACAGUAUCUGGGAGGCUUUUGUUGUUGUUGUUGUUGUUUAAGGCCAACUUCCUUCCAUAUUCACACACUCUUGGCUUUAUAUAAGGUACUCCUCCGGUGUUCCGGGCCAAUCAAUAAAUUUAAAAGUCUGCUUGCCACACAGGUAUCUCUAUUUUUUGCGUGUCGGUAGUUAAAGACUAGCUGACAUAGGUCGGAAGACUAAAAUACAUGAGUGACAACCUUCAGCCGACUGAUUUCCGUGCCAGUAAAACACACAGCCAAGCUCUGGGGCCUGCCUUCUCGUAUAA